CAGGUAACUCAGGAGUCUUUAAGAAGUGUUAUUGGGGUAGUUCCACAAGAUACUGUUUUAUUUAACAAUGAUAUUAGAUAUAAUAUUCGUUACGGACGAGUAACUGCUAUGGACGGUGAAGUUUAUGAGGCCGCAACUGCUGCAGAUAUCCAUCACCGAAUUCUGGCUUUUCCUAAAGGUUAUGAUACCGUCGUCGGUGAAAGAGGUUUAAAAUUAAGUGGUGGAGAGAAACAGAGAACUGCGAUAGCGAGAACUAUAUUAAAGGCACCGUCCAUAGUAUUGCUUGAUGAGGCUACGUCAGCAUUGGAUACCAAAACAGAACGAAAUAUCCAAUCAUCAUUGUCAAGAAUCUGUCAAAAUAAAUCUACAAUCAUCGUGGCACAUAGAUUGUCUACGAUUAUACAUGCUGAUUUAAUUCUAGUCGUCAACGAAGGUGAAAUUAUUGAACGGGGAACACACGAGGAAUUGUUGAGUGAAGAUGGACACUAUGCUGAUAUGUGGAAACAACAACUGAUAAAACAAGAAUAA